CGGCGGAAGAGAGUCGAGUCGACAAACUCAGUCACUCAGAUUCAGAGCAAUUGCAAUUACAGGAUUCUUCUUUCUUCUUCUUCUUCUUCUUCUUUGGUGGAUGGCCAUGGCUCCUCCCAAGAAGCUUCCCAAAUUGAUGAAGAACAAGGAUGCCAAGAAGAACACCAACAUCAAGAUCAAGAUCAAGAAGAAAACCAAGACCGCCAUUACCAAGACCACCCUUCCUGUCGAUAAUACCGCCGUCGAUUCCGAAUGGUGGGAGAUUUUCUGGAACAAAAACUCCCCUAACUUAGUUUCGAAAACCGCCAUUGAUGAGGAAGAAGGUUUCAAGCAUUUCUUCCGGGUUUCGAAGAAAACUUUCGAGUACAUUUGCUCACUAGUACGAGAAGAUCUCAUAUCGCGGCCGCCAUCAGGGCUGAUCAACAUCGAGGGACGCCUCCUGAGCGUCGAAAAGCAAGUCGCCAUUGCUUUAAGAAGAUUAGCUUCCGGCGAAUCGCAAGUUUCUGUCGGAGCGUCUUUCGGCGUCGGCCAAUCGACCGUUUCGCAGGUGACUUGGAGGUUCAUCGAAGCCAUGGAAGAACGAUCGAGGCACCAUCUCAAAUGGCCGAGCUCCGAUCGACUGCAGCAGAUCAAAUCCGGGUUCGAAACGCUGUCGGGAUUGCCCAAUUGCUGUGGCGCGAUUGACGCGACCCACAUAGUCAUGACGCUUCCCGCUGUCCAAACCUCCGACGACUGGUGCGACCAAAAGAACAACUACAGCAUGUUCGUGCAGGGCGUCGUCGACUUCGAAACGCGGUUUCUCGACAUCGUUACAGGCUGGCCGGGAGGAAUGCCAAUAUCCCGGCUUCUGAAAUGUUCGGGAUUCUACAAACUCUGCGAAAGUGGCGGACGGCUAAACGGGAACGCAGCGAUUUCGAACGACGGCGAGGCGAUUAGAGAGUACAUUGUGGGCGGGGCGAGCUACCCGCUUCUGCCGUGGCUUAUAACUCCGCGGGACGGCGGCGAAUCGUCGUCGUCGGUGACGUCCCCUCGGCUGAAUGAAAUGAUCGAAACGGCGAGAUCGACGGCGGCGAAGGCGUUUUCGCAGUUGAAGGGGGCGUGGCGGAUUCUUAACAAAGUGAUGUGGCGACCGGACAAGCGGAAGCUUCCGAGCAUCGUUUUAGUAUGUUGUCUGCUUCAUAACAUUGUAAUCGACUGUGGCGACUGCCUGCAUUCGAGCGUGGCGUUGUCUGGACAUCACGACGGCGAUUACAAAGCGCACGUUUGUAAGCAAGUCGACCCCGACGGGCGGAAUGCCCGCGAGGUUUUGGCGAGGAGUUUGUCUUGAGGAUCAUCCGUAGGUAAGUUUGAUUUGAUUAAUGUUGAUUUGGGUAGACGAUUGGUAAUUGGAGUUGAUCUUCUUCUUCAUCAUCUUGAAUUUGAAGCUAUCUUUUGUUCA